AUGAUCUCACAGGAUGGAGAGACAUAUAUUAUGAGUCAUGUAGCUGCACCUACAUGCCUCACAGACACAAAAUUGUGUGCUUUAAACCGUAUAAAUGCUAAAAGUGACAAAGAGAAGAGAAGCAACAAGCAGCCAGGGAUGGACUUUCUGUGUCCCCCUGUGCUGCUCGACAUGCUCAGUCACCACUGGAGGGACCUACAGGAUGGUUUCUCUGACCCUGCUGAGCUCAAUAAGAUUCUAGUGUUCCAAAGUGACGAGCUGAGGUGGACUGCACAGAAACGUGGCCUCUGGUCUUUGGAAUACAAGCGGGAGCUGACGAGUCCACUGUGCAUUGCUGCAGCACAGGGUUUUACUGCCUGCCUACUGUACCUGCUUGAGCAUGGGGCACAUCCUAAUCUCAGUGCAGGAGGAAAGGCAGCACUUCAUGAGGCAUGCACAAAUAGCAACACUGAAUGUACAGAGCUACUCCUGGAGCAUGGAGCCAAUCCCAAUCAGCUGUCAGAGGAUGGGCUGGCACCUUUACAUAUGUGCAGGACACCUCAAUCACUCCGCUGUGCCAAGGCCCUGGUGCGUCAUGGUGCCAACGUAGACCUUCCUUCUGAGGAAGAAGAGGAAACUCCAUUACUUGUGGCUGCAAGACAUGGCCUGCUACACCAUGUCCAGCUGUUCCUGCGAUACGGAGCAAACGUCAACCACACCAGCAGCUCAGGAGAAACGGCAUUAGGUGCUGCCUGUUUGGCUGAUCAGCAAAAGCUUGUAGAAGAUCAGCAUGAGGAACACUUUCAAGUCUGCAGAUUUCUUUUGAGUUAUGGAGCUAAUGUGCAUAUAGCUGACAAUGAAAGACGCACUCCUCUUCAUAAGGCAGCCCGUAAUGCCCAGAUCAGCUUGGUACAGCUUCUUCUGGACCAUGGGGCGGAUAUCAAUGCCAUUGAUUACAAUGGUUCUUCACCAUUAUCAAAUGUGCUCCAAAAUGCUAUAUUACAUCAAGAAUGGCAGCCAGACGUUGUGGUUCAGACCCUGUUAAACCGCGGAUCCAUUAAACUAUGGCCACAGGCAUUGCACAAGGUAUUAACAGCCUGUGCAGCUGCUCCAAAAACUGUGGAAAUUCUGUUCAACUCUUACACGCUUGUUCCCAUAACAUAUAAAUGGGCUGAAGCUAUACCUGAAGACAUUUUCAAACUUCACAGGUCAUUUUACGACUCUCUUUUUGCUCUGGAAUAUAAACCACGCUGCCUGCAGCACCUGUGUCGAUCUGCACUAAGAAAGCAGUUUGGGAAAUACUGUUACCUACUUAUCCCUCAGCUUCCUGUCCCAAAGAGGCUACAAGACUAUCUCCUUUUGAAACCUGAAGGCUACAUCAACUAG